AUGAAACCAGCCCUCAUCGAGGCGUGGGUCCAGCGGUUAACCACGUCGCCGCCAUCGCCAUCGCCACCACCGAAGCGCAAGCGGUCGCGUGGGACCGCGACGAUAAACAUGGGAGUAUCGUCCCCUCCCACAAGCAAUUCAGGCGACUCUGCCCUGGUCGACCCUGAUACAACGCCUAGAGUAUCACAUCAAGCAUCUAAACGGCGGCGAUUCGAUUUCAGCGCCCGCGCUAUUCCUUUCGACAACCUGGACCGUGAUGAUGCAAGCUCAGCAAGGUCGAAGUCGAGGCAGUCGACAUCAACAGCCACGUCCGACAGUCGAUCCAGACUCUCUCGCAGCCCAACUAAGAAUAUGGGCAGUCUCGAGCUCGCGGAUCGACCUAUUCCCUGGCUGUGCAUCCCUUCUCUAGAUGCUCACCUCGAGCUCAAGUGUGUGCAAAAGAUUGUUCGCAAUACGAUCGAGUGCGCAGAGGAGAAUGUAUCCGAGGCUUCGUGGAACUCGCGUGUGCACGAAUAUGUUCUCGACACGGCCCUAGAGCCUUUCGGUGGGGUUGUUUCCCACUGGGAUGUGACUCGUGCUCCAAUCACCAAAUCCUGCUUGCCACGACACUCUUCCGGUCUCGUUCUUGAGGGCAAAAUGGUCGAUUUCUGCAUCUGCCUUGGUGGCCGUGAAACUAUUAGAGCUCCGCUCUUGUACCGGCCCAUUGCCGUUAGUAUCGAGACUAAAACUCCCAACGGUUCAGAUGAGGUAGCCAAGACGCAAUUGUCCGUCUGGGUAACUAGCCAUUUUGCCCGGCUACGCUCCUUAUCUAGCACCUCCAAUGAUGCCAUUGCAGUCGGUGUGACACUACCUCUCCUGAUCGUCCGGGGCGGCGAGUGGUCCCUCUGGUUCGCUAGGGACACUGGGGACGUAGUUGACUUGAUUGAGACGAUCUUAGUCGGUAAUACCAACUCAAUCCUAGGCUGUUACAAAGUGCUUGCCAUGCUUCGGCAUCUUGCCGAGUGGACAAAAUCAACACUAUACCCUUGGAUGGAGAAGCAUAUUUUGCUGGAUGAUAUUAUACAUGCAGCUGGUCCUACAUGA